AUGGUGCGCAACAUUGUCGUCAUUGGGGGGACCUCCCACCCUCAGCUGACCCAAAACAUUUGCAACGUCCUGGGUAUCCCUGCGGCAGACGUCCUCCUGUCGAAAUUCUCCGUCGGUGAGACCCGAGUCGAGAUCAAAGAAUCCGUCCGUGGCAAGGAUGUCUACAUCAUCCAAUCCGGCGGCGGAAAGGUCAAUGAUCUCUUGAUGGAACUGCUCAUCACCAUCUCGGCCUGCAAAACCGCCUCGGCGAAGAGAGUCACUGCGGUUCUACCGCUCUUCCCAUACUCUCGUCAGAGUGAUAUCCCGUACAACAAGACGGGCGCUCCGCUGACCAAGUCUUCCCUUGCUAGCAAAUCCGGCAAUGGCUACACUUUUGAAAGUACCCCGCCUACCCCAUACCCUGGGAAGCCCGAGAGCUGCAGUCUGCUCAAUGGUGUGGACAACCUUCAAAAGAGCCUGGCCAAGGCUCAAUUGGAAGAUAUCAGCAACGGUAGCCCGGUGAAGAGACAACGUCCAGUCAAUGGUCUGCCCCGCAGUGACACCAUGGACUCUCUGCCCUCUCUUCACAGUGGAAGCGUCGCAGAAGAGGAGGCCAACAAGAUUAACAACUUCCAGCCCCGUCCGGGCUACAAGCAGUGGGUGGCUCAGGCAGGCACCCUGGUUGCGGAUUUGCUUACUUGCGCUGGUGCCGAUCACAUCAUCACCAUGGAUCUUCACGACCCUCAAUACCAGGGAUUUUUCGACAUCCCUGUCGACAACCUUUAUGGCCGACCCCUGCUGAAGAGCUAUAUUCAGCGCAAUAUUCCCAACUACAAACAGGCUGUCAUUGUCAGUCCUGAUGCCGGUGGCGCGAAGCGGGCCACCGCGAUCGCCGAUUCGAUGGGUGUUGAAUUCGCCCUUAUCCACAAGGAGCGCCGCCCAACACGGAUCACGGAUCGCCAAAAUGCCACCAUGAUGCUGGUCGGUGAUGUCAAGGAUCGGACCGCUAUUCUGAUCGAUGACCUGGCGGACACCUCCAACACCAUCACCAGAGCGGCGAAGCUUUUGAAGAGGGAAGGAGCUGCCCGAGUCUAUGCGUUGGUGACGCACGGUAUUCUGAGUGGCGAUGCGAUUGAUCGCAUCAAUGCUAGCGCUUUGGACAAGGUUGUUGUCACCAACAGUGUGGACCAAGCGGAUCACCUGCGCAGAUGUCCCAAGCUGGAGGUUUUGGAGGUUGGCCACGUCUUCGCCGAGGCUAUCCGUCGCGUUCACCACGGCGAGAGUAUCAGCGUUCUCUUCCAGUACGACUAA